UUUAAUUUGCUGGGAAAAGCGCGAGCUGCGCUUCUUGGCGCAGAGCGGGUAUAGAGCGCGCACGGAGAGAUAAUACACGAUCUCGGGAUGCGCAAAGACACAGAUGAGAAACAUCGACCACCUUAGAUUCGUGGAGAGAUCUGCGAUUGUGAGAGCGCAGAUUUAUAAAGUAAAACACUCAUCCCCGGAGGCUCAGCUGUCACAAUAUGGAGAACAUCUCGAACCCCCUCAACCCAAAUCCGACAUGCAACUACAGUAUGGACUUAUAUUAUAACAACUCUCCCAAUCGGAGCGAUCUGAACUGUACGCCGCCGGCUGACUACUUCUUUUACGCAGACUUGUAUGUGGUUCUCCCAGUGAUUUACUCCGUGAUAUGUGCAGUAGGUCUGACGGGCAACACAGCGGUCAUCUAUGUGAUCCUCAAAGCGCCCAAAAUGAAGACGGUGACCAACAUGUUCAUUCUCAACUUGGCAAUCGCAGAUGACCUCUUCACUUUAGUGUUGCCCAUCAACAUAGCGGAGCAUCUUUUGCACUACUGGCCGUUCGGUGAAGUACUUUGCAAAAUUAUUUUAAGCAUCGACCACUACAACAUCUUCUCAAGCAUCUACUUUCUGACGGUUAUGAGCGUGGACCGGUACCUGGUGGUUGUAUCGACGGUGCACUCCAAGCGCAUGCCGUACCGAACGUACAGGGCAGCGAAGAUAGUCAGUUUGUGCGUGUGGCUGCUUGUUAUCCUUAUCGUCAUGCCCUUCACAGUGUUCGCAGGAGUAUACAUCAGUCCCGACGACUCCGAGAGGAAAAGCUGCGUUCUGAGUUUCCCCAGUCCUGAAAGUGUGUGGUUCAAAGCGAGCCGGAUUUAUACCCUCAUACUGGGCUUUGCCAUUCCAGUUUCUACUAUUUGCAUCCUUUACAGCAUGAUGCUGUACAAACUAAGAAAUAUGCGUCUGAACACCAACGCCAAAGCACUGGACAAAGCAAAGAAGAAAGUGACUAUCAUGGUGUUUAUCGUGCUGGCCGUGUGCCUGUUCUGUUGGACACCUUUCCACCUUAGCACCAUUGUAGCUCUGACCACAGACCUGCGGACCACGCCGCUUCUCAUCGGGAUCUCGUAUUUUAUCACCAGUCUGAGUUACGCCAACUCCUGUUUAAACCCGUUUCUUUACGCCUUCCUGGACGACAGCUUCAGAAAAGCUUUCAAGAAGAUGUUAGAAUGUAGACCUGCGUGAAUGUAAUAAACUUUUAUGGGAUGAAUAAAAUGCAAAGGGUGCAGUUUUGAUCCAAACGUAAUACUGGGAGGGUCUCACAAACUAGUGAGCACCCCAUAUAGGCAUUAGACACCAAGCCAGCUCACUAGUUUUUGUGACAUCCUUUGUGUCCGCUACUAUAGUACUUCAGAUGCACCUGUUUCGGCACGUAUUCACAGUAUGAGAAAGUUUUCUGCUGUUUCUAAAUUUCAAUGUGGGCAUUUGUCUCCCUCUUGUGCUACUCGAGCGCACACGCGUGUUCUCUCUGAAAUAUGUGUUGUGACACUAUGUCUGGCGACAGGUCCCUAGAAGUGAGCGAAUUACAAAAAGUGCGUUUCUCAUGUGUUUCUCAAACAGCAGGGAUUCUUGUGUUUAUAUUUGUAUAGGCCUGCUUUUGUCACAUGAAACGUCAUCACUUAAGUCAUGCAUAAUGUUGAUAGCAAAGUUGAGACAGUGGUUUAAACGUGCGCUCCCUUUCCUUUAAAUGAAUAAAUACAAUGUUUAAAAAUAGAAAAAAUUAAAAAUAAAUAAAAAAAAUUGUGUUUUGCAAGAUAUGUUGGUCUAAAAUACUUUGAAACACUGCUGUGAAAAAAAAAAAAAAAAAAAAAAAAAGCUUUACUUGCUAGGAUGCAAAUUUGUGCAUCCAUUUAUGCAGAUAACUGAGUGAAACGUGCUAUGUUCCAUGGCUUUUUAAAUUGUUGUAAAUGUUGUAAAUAAAAUGGAAUAAAUCAGUUGUCUUUCAUUUAACAUAUUGCAGGUUGUGGUAGGGUCAUUGGAUUACAUCAUGCCCUUUUUUUUUUUUUUUUACUGUAAGCAUCAUAUAGGACAUUUUCCCCCAGUGUAGAAUUUCAGAUGGGAGGCAGAAGGUUUUAAGGUUUAUGUAAAUGUUUAGGUUUUACACUUGUCUACACAUAAAAUAAAUAAAUAAAUAAAUAUGUAGCUAGGCUACAUCACAGAGAAGUUCAAGUUUAUGACAUGUGGUUAGAGAGCACACUUUAGAUUUUAAAGUGUCUUGCACAUAUAUUAUAUGAUUUGAAAUUAAUAAAUACUGCUCUCUCUGUACAUUAUAUCAUUUAUCUUGAUAAGUAAAAGUAAAGAUAUGGCCUGUUACCAUAGAUAAUCCUGAAUCCUGAUCAAGUUAUUAGGCAUGACAUAUUGCCCUUCUAUCUUUUAAUGCUGUUUUCAGUGUUCUGAAAACAACAUAGAGUACCUUGUGAAAAUGUUUCAUUUGUUUAGCUCUUGCACACUUACUGGAACACAUACUGGAACACAAAAUAACCACUUCUGAAAAGGAUGCAUUAUUUCUUGUUCAUUUCAAUCACAUUUGACAUUUCAUUACAUCUUAAGUAUUUAAUAAACAAAUGAAUCUCCAUUGUGAUUGGAUCAGUCAAUGUCCACUUUCAAAAAUGUUCAUAACAAAUCUAUCUACCCCAAAUACUAUCCUUUCACUUAUUGGACAGUUUUGUGUGUAUAUAUACACACACACACACACACACACACACACACACACACACACACACACACUAUGUGGUCAAAAGUUUGUGGACACCAUAUGUGCUUGAUGAACCUUCAAUUUCAAAACCAUAGGCAGCAAUUUCCCCCUAUGAUGCAAUAACAAGUUCCACUCUUCUGGGAAGGCUUUCCACUAUACUGUAUGUAGUGACAUGGCUGCAGGGAUUUGCUCCCAUUCAGACAUAAGUGCAUCACUGAGGUCCGGCACUGAUGUUGGACGACGGGGCCUGGCUUUCAGUUGGCGUUCCAAUUCACCCCAAAGGUGUUCAGUGGGGUUCAGGUCUGGGCUUUGUGCAGGCCAGUCAAUUUUUUCCACAUCAGACACAGUAAACCAUUUCUUUAUGGACUUUGCUUUGUGCACAGGGGCAAUUUCAUGCUGGAAUAGAAAAGGGCUCUCCCCAAACUGUUGCCAUAAAGUUGGAAGCACCGAAUGCCCUAGAAUGCCAUUGUUUGGAGUAGAAUUAUGAUUUAUCUUCACUGGUAUUAACAGAGUAACCAAAUUAUUUAAUUAGAAGGGGGUGUCCACAUAUUUUGGCCAUAUAGUGUAUAUCACCUUGAACAAAAUUGAAAAUGACAAGUAUUUUGUUUCAAAAUUAAUAUGAUAAUGUUCAGGAUAUUCUUCAGCAACAUAAAUGUACAACAUUUUAAAAGAUAUUAAAAAAUUAGAUCAUGCCUCAAAAUCAACCAUUAGACAUUACAUGCAAUGAUCUCAUGGAACAGGAAACAAUUGCAGUUCAUAGUGUCAAACAGGUGUUCAAGAAAGUACUGUUGUAGUUUUUGAUGCUAUUUAGUUUUUGAUGGGAGGAAAUAAAAUUAAAGGAGCCUUUUACCCCACGGAGCCUUUAGCCCCAUUGUACCUUACAUAUGCAAUGUUACAAUGAAUGUUAAAUACAAUGUUUUUUUUUUUUGUUUGUUUUUUAAACAAACAAACAAUACUACUUAAAUCUAAAUAAAGUCUCCUGGGAAUCCUCACAUAUUUCAGUUCACAAUAAAAUACCUAUAGCAUUUCUGCAGCUCCACAAUGUUAAUUGUAUAAACAUUUAAUUGAAUAAAAAUGAAUGGAAGUGGAAAUCUCAACCUUGAUUGCACACAGAUGAGGCUUUUUUACAUGUAUUUGUCAAAACCACACAAAUAAAUAAAUAAAUAAACUAUGCCUAAUGUUCUUUGUCAGAUUACCAGAGAACAGAAGCAACAGAAAAAGGCUGAGGGAACACAUUUUAUAUUUGCAUAUAACAAACAUGUAGGCCUAUUCUACACCGUUACAUACGAGACAUUGGUGUAACAAAAAUGUUAAAAGACGUAAAGACAGACGUGCAGACAGACAGAUUUAGUAUUGCUUUUUGCUUAAAAGUCCAAGUUUCAACGCUGGAGUGUCUUACCGCAUGCCACCUGGCGGUAUGGAAAAGUUACUGGUGGCUCUAUGCGCGUUCAUGCGUGGCUUAAACUUCAUGGGUGAGUGCGCGCCCACAAGCGAAUUCAAGAGCUCAGGUUAUAUUAGACUCUGGAUGCAUUCGAA